GCAAACAGUUUGCAGUCAAACGCUUGAAGCCGGUCGAAGACGUGACAUCAUCCAGCGAGUGUUAUUUUACAAGUGUAAACGUGCAACGCGUAGUGAAUUCGUGGCGUAAAAACGCAAAGUUUAAACGCAUUUUAAAGUGUCCAACACGAAAGUAAAAUCAAAAAAAGUUUUCUCUUCAGAAAAUUCUUGUUAAAGCCUUAAGAUUAAGGAUUCCUAUAAAUAUUAAAAAAAGUUUUCGUGCAAAAUCGUUUUUAACGGUACUUAGCAUAGACGAGCUGUUUGAGUGCAAGAAAGCAGGCGCUUGUGUUUACGUCAAUAAAUUGAAGUUGAAUUUUUCGCAAAGAAAUCUUUUUUACGGCAAGGCGAACGUGUAGGAGUGCGAGUAGCUCGAGAGAUAAGCUUUGUUUGUGCAAUUUUCGAGUAGCGUGUUUAACAAAUUGUGUUUGCAAACAAAUAAAUCAGCAAGUUAAGCUCCAAAUCACCUAAUUGCGAAUCUAAUGAAAUUUGUGGUUGAAAACAAAACGGUGGAAAAACAACAAAUUCAGUUGCUGUUUACGUGUUGUUAGUGCAAAUUUAAAUUACGCAAAGAUAAACAAAUUUUAUAAAUAAAGUGUCAAAUAUAUUUGAUAAUAAAUUUCACUGAAAAUCUGCGGUGUUAUCAAAAAGCAAGCUUUUGGCGAUAAAGAAAGAGAUUUCAGGCAACACCGAACUUCAAGAGAGAUAAAUUGCAUUUGAAAAUAUCUUAAGACACCUGUAAACAAACACAGCGAUAUCUAUUUGGUUUACAACAGCAUCAAAAAAAUUCUGAAAUUUUUUAAAAACUUGAAAACAACACAAAAAUAAACAAAAUGGGCGAACGACGUGGUACAAAAGCUUUGGAAUUAUGGUGCAGACGUAUGACCGAGGGCUAUCCAGGUGUCAAAAUCGAUAAUAUGACCACAUCAUGGCGAGAUGGUUUGGCCUUUUGCGCUAUGAUACAUCACUUCCGCCCAGAUUUAAUUGAAUUCGACAAACUCAACAAAGCCGAUGUGUAUUACAACAAUGAAUUGGCCUUCACCACCGCGGAGAAAUACUUGGGAAUCCCUGCCUUAUUGGAUGCUGUCGAUAUGGCUACCUAUGAAGUGCCAGACAGAUUAUCAAUACUCACUUAUCUGUCACAAUUCUAUCAAGUAUUUGCCGCACAAGAUUCCCCCAACAGACUGAAACGUCCAUCGUCAGCAGCAUCCGCGGAAAAGACGCAAAUUACGAAGGCAGCUGGACCACCGCCAAAGAUGGCGCACGUUGUCGGCGUACCCAAGCGAGAUCCGUGCCAAAAAUGUCAGUUGCCUGUCUUUCUCGCCGAACGCCUAUUGGUCGGCAAGAAAGUUUAUCAUCGCACGUGUUUGAAGUGUGCGCGUUGCGGCUCACAACUGACACCAGGCAGCUUCUAUGAGACCGAGGUGGAUGGUGAAUACUGUUGUGAGACGUGCCCCGACGAGGAGGUGCAAUUGAAUGCCACCGGCGCUAGCGGUGAGGAUCUAGCCGUCGGUGGUGUGCAAUUGCGGCAGACAAGUGCAGAGCAAACACCAACGAGCAGCAGGCUCAAUGCAGCGCUGCCGAAGAACGUGCGCAGCUCCAUAGCCGACCGUUUGGCAUUCUUCGAGCAAACGAAGAAGGAUGCUGGCGCUGGUGCCAGUGGUAGCAGUGAAGCAGCAACGAGCAGCAAAUUUUUGCUACAGAAAAGCGUGUCGGACGAAGAGAAAAGCAAGAGUCUGCAACGCAUGGAAGCGCCAACAACGUCGACGUACAAAAUGAACAGCGCGCUUAGUAGCUUUCUCAAUGACACCAUCGAUGGUGAGGGCGAUGAUGGCGAGAGUCUAACCCAUACGGCGGAGAGUAAAUCGGGCAACGAGACACAAAUGGAGACUUCCGAUACCGAAAAUGAUACCGAUGCCGAAACAAGUUUGGAAGACGUAGCGCCAGCAUUGCCCAAGACACAGCCGCCAAAGGUCACACCGGCGGGUAGUGAUACUGAGAAAGAGAAAGCGCAGCAACCAAACGCAGAUAAUAGAAGAUUCACAGCUACUGCACAACUACAACUGGCAACAACAAGCAAGGAUGCGCAGAAGACAGCAAGCGUUGAGUCUCCUAAACAGACAGCAACACCAAGUGGCAGCAGCACUGGCACACCCAUCGCGAAGAAGAGAACACAUGUGGAGCUGAAUUUGACAACAACAAAAACAGUGGAAGACACCACCGCAGCUCCUUCUCCAGCACAUGCCGAACAACAAGCGGAUAAUGCCAACAACAAUGACCAACACAAGAACCUUUUGAAGCGCAUCGCUACAGAUGAGCCUGAACAAACAGCGCAAACAAGCCUAACAGCAACAAAUAACUUAGAUUUAAGUGAACCUAAUUCUAAUGAAGAUGUUACCAAAGACCAAAAUGCAGAUACGAACGUAAUUGCGGCAACAACAGCAGCAAAAACCACUACGUCAACAACUGAGAAGCUCGAAACACUGCGUGCCAACCUACGGGAAUUGGACACAGAGAGCGGCACGGAGCAUAUGGACACGUCCGUGGAGAAGCCUGUUGAAAUGCGCAUAAAGUCACUGGAGUCGCCGGAGGAUGUGGCCACCACCGAACGACUCAGUGUGGUGCGUGCGCGUCUGCAACAAUUCGAAGUAAUUGCAAACAAACGUAAUAAUAACGCUAAUGAAGAGAAGCAAGCCGAUAAUGAUAUGCGUAAUGAUAAUAAUACAACACUAAACACUGAAGAUAAGCUAAGUGAACCUGAAACCGAUAAUACUAAUAUUGAUAGCGAUAAGAAAAUAAUGAAUGCGGGCCCCGAAGUGGCCAACAAAACGGUUGCGCAGGUCACCACGCCCCCAGCCACACCCACAAGCAAUGCAGCAAGUGCAACUGAAAGUUUGACUAAAGUAAAUCUCGAAGACGAAGCGAAAUUACGAGCAAUGGAAACGGAGAAGGCUGACAAAAUCGAAACUAAAGCAAAGGAGAUCAAGGAAUCGCUUGCGAAUGAAGUGCCUUUAGAAGCGGAAACAGUAAAAGACAAUAAUUUAGUAUUAGACGCAGCGGAGUCGGAACAAAAAACACUAGCGGCAGCACCGCGUAUAGAAAUAAGCGUAGUAGAGACCAGCGAAGAUGCAACAAUGGAGGAUACACAAACAAAACUGGAUAUGUCAAGCACUGUUGACGCGCCCAAAGCAAUGGUGGAUGCGUCCAGUAAAGUCGACGACGUUACAACAGCGGAAAACCAAUUGGCAACUACACCCAGCAAAGUUAGCACCGAAGCAUAUCCCGAAGACUUGAAUCCAUUCAAAUCCGAAGACGAAGAUGACGACGACGGCGUUGCGAACAAGGAAAAUCUACAAAAAGAACAAGUGGCAUUGAGAACACCACAACCUCGUGUUAGUGCCAGCGCAGUCACCAAAUCAGCGGAGAAAACGCAAAAUCUCAAUCCUUUCGAUAGCUCCGAUGACGAGAUCGAGCUGGAGAAGUCGUCAUCACGUAACUCUACGGCCGCCUCGACACCCACAGGCGGUAAAGUACCGCCACCACGUCCACCACCACCGCGCAUAUCGCGCAAUCCGUUCGGCGAAGAGGGCGAUGAGGAGGCCGCCGCGCAAUUUUCACGUCGUUCCAGCUUGUCGUCAUCGCUGACGAAGAAGACGCCAGUACCAACGCCGCGCACCAAUAUAUCACAAUCACAAAAUCCCACACCGGAACCCACGCCACGCCUCAGCAACAAAUCCGCACAAUCCAUCUCACCGUACAUUCUGCAAAAUUCCAGCGAUUACUAUGGCAGCGCCAAUUCGCUCGGCAGCACACCGCAGAGCCUGCAACGCAACACGGAUGUGCGCGGCUCCAAUAAUUCGCUGACUUCGUCCGCGGGUGGCACAAUACGUUCGCGCAAAUCACGCAAAGCGCCCGCGCCGCCUACGCCGCUCGCCAAGGAAUUAUUCCCAACAGCCACACCACCACCACCGCCAUCGGUGACGAGCGUCAACGCCAACAUCACCAGCGAUCGCCAGACCGACAGCUCCAAAGCAUCCACACCCAGUUCCAGCACUGUCGGCACACCGAAGCUAGGUCGUAAGAAACGACCCGCUCCAGCGCCACCAAAACCCGCGCGUCUCGAUCCCAGUUUGCUACCCACAGAUCCGCCAGCAGCAGCAACAACACAGCACACAAAUGGUACGGCGCCAAAAAACUCGCUUAAUUACCCUCUGCAAAGUGAAACAUCCGACUCGAAGCUAUCCGACGAAGAGAAAGCUUUGUUGGAGGGUAACAAACAGUUGUCCAUGGACAGCAUGCGCUCGACGACAGGCGUCGACGAUGAGUUGUGCACGAGUCACGAGAGUCGGCGCAGCUCACGUCGUCUCAUACCGCUCGAUGCGAGCCUCUUGCUGGAUGAUGAGGACGAACACUUGAAUGCGCACGCCAACGCGGAUGGCGACGGCAGCGGCAAGUGUGAUGAUGCGAAACAGAAGCAACAACUAUUGCGUUAUAGUGAGCAAGAGGAGACAAAUGUCGUGUAUCGACGUGUCAUUGUGCCGCCCAGCCUAGAGACGCCGACACGCGAGUCGAAUCCAUUGCUCGACAGCGGCUCGCACGAUCGCCAAUUGGAGAAAAUGAAAGAUAACAAAGAGGCGCAGAAUCGCAAUCGGCAAUCACAAAUUUCCGCUUCAUCCGGCGCGGAGGACUGUGACAUCACCGCGACGCCAUACAACAAAUCAGCGCAUGGCAAAUGGAAGCGUCGCAAAGGUCCAGCGCCCGCGUUGCCCAUACCGCCGCGUAAGGUGUUGCAAAUGUUGCCGCUACAAGAGAUACGCCACGAAUUGGACAUUAUUGAAGUGCAGCAACAGGGGCUCGAGAAGCAGGGUGUUAUUUUGGAGAAAAUGAUACGCGAUCGCUGUGAGGGGCAAAAUGGUGAGCUCUUGGGCGCCAACGCCGCAGUGGAGGAUGCAACCGACGGCAAGAAGCCGAGCACAAGUGGCGGCGCGGAGGGUGUGCAGAAUUCGAAGGAGGUCGAGGAUCUCAUACUGCAGCUGUUCGAGCUGGUCAACGAGAAGAACGAACUGUUUCGUCGACAAGCCGAACUCAUGUACCUACGCCGCCAACAUCGCUUGGAACAGGAGCAAGCCGAUUUAGAGUAUGAAAUACGAGUGCUGAUGGCGCAACCCGAACGCAAUAAAACCGACUCGGAUAAAGCGCGUGAAGAAACGCUCAUAGCACGUUUGGUUGAGGUGGUACAGUUGCGUAAUGAGGUCGUGGAGUGUCUGGAAAUGGAUCGACUGCGCGAAGCCGAGGAAGAUUUGAGCAUUAAACAACGCUUAGAACUGCAUACCGCGCAGCGUGAAGAAGACACCGAUUCACGCAAAAUCACAGCCAAACUUUCCAAAAAGGAGAAGAAGAAACAGAAGGAGUCGAAAAAGCUGAGCAAAAGCAAGAAAAUCGAUGCGGACAAGGACGCUGAUGAAUCCGAGCUAAAUAUGGAUAAGCAGAAAUUGAAGAAGAAAAAGAAGAAAUUUCUCUUUUAAACCCGACUGAGACGAGUUCCGGCCGUUCAAUUAAGCGUACGCCUUGCAGCCGCCUUGUGAUAAUAUUAUGACAAAAUUAUUUUCGAAAAAACUGAUUUACUUGCGUUAAAAUGGUAGUUUCAAACACAGCAGCGUGUUUAAAAAAGCGACUACAGAAAUGUCUUCACGCUCGCACAGCCAAGAAAUGAAUUCCAUGCUCGUAAUAUUUAUUUCACUUUUAUUAUUUUUUUCAAACAUUCAUUGGCUUUAAUUAAAUUAUAAAUGAGAUGAUGAACUAUUUUCAAAUUUUAUUUUUGUAUUCAUUCCUAACCUGAAAUCUCAGCAUUUGCACUUUUAAAGGCCUGUCUUCAUAUUAUUUUUAUUAUUAUUAUUAUUUUUUAAUACAAAGAAAUGAAAAAUGGAUUACUAAGCAAAACUAUUUUUAAAACUUACACACGUACAUAUAUACACACACAGUGUUACUUGCGUAAUGUUAAUUAAAUCUAAGCUUACCUAUACAUAUACAUAUAUAUAUUAAACAAAUAUUUUGCAUGUAUUAUACUGUUAAAUUAAACUAAACAUAAAAACAUACAAACACA